AGCCUUCUCCAAUACAGCCUUCGCAUUUCUUUCUCUUCUUCCCUUUGUUUCUCUUUCCUACACACCACCACCACCACCACCACCGACCUCUAAAAGCUCUUCACAAUCAAUAACAAACACUCUUCCCCAGAACCCUUCUCCAGGCAGGACUGAUAUAUAGUAAACUUUCCGGUCUCCGGCCACCAUGGCAGAAUCAGCACAGCCUCCUCAUGAAAUGGCGGAGGACUGAUCUUCAGCAAACUUUUUCCGGUCGCCGGUCGCUAUCAAUUUUCGACAGAAUAUAUCAGCUCAGCCACCCCCUAAAAUGGUCACAGUAGAAGACAUGGGACCAAGGCCAGUUCUAACAGCACCAUUAUUAUUAGAACAGGAAUCUGACUCUAAUUAUAGAGCUCCCAAUCUACUGAAGCGCGUUUUGAGUCUUCUCGCCAACGUACGGCCAGGAUCUGAUCUAACCCGAUUUCAAUUGCCGCCAUUGUUUAACCUUCCAAAGUCGCAACUUCAAUGUUAUGGAGAAUCAGUCUACUGCACAGGAGGAGAUCUAUUAAGCAAGUGUGCCAAUGGAGAAACUUCCAUGGAAAGGUUUAUUUCUGUUGUUGCAUGGAAUGUAUCCACCGUGAGGCCAUUGAUGUUCGGUGUUGCUCCUUACAAUCCCAUUCUCGGAGAGACUCACCAUGUUUCAAGGGGCACAUUAAAUGUGCUACUGGAGCAGGUUUCACAUCAUCCUCCAGUAAGCGCCCUUCAUGCCACAGAUGAGAAGGACAACAUUGAAAUGACAUGGUGUCAUUAUCCGGUUCCUAAGUUCUAUGGUACUAAUAUUGAAACUGAAGUGAAUGGAAGAAGACAACUGAAGCUUCUUAACAAAGAGGAAACUUAUGAAAUGAACUCUCCAAAGCUUGUGAUAAGAUUAUUUCCUAUGCUCAGUGUGGACUGGUUGGGAACUGUCACAAUUAAAUGUGAAGAAACUGGUAUUGCAGCAGAGUUAUACUACAGAGGCAAUUCCUUUUUACCUCGUCCAGGAAUUAAUAGGUCCAUCAAAGGGAGGAUCUUUUCGACAUCAUCAUCAUCGAAGACCAUCUAUGAAAUCAGUGGCCACUGGGAUAGAACUGUCACAGCCAAGGACCUUAAUACUGGAAAAUCCAAGAUCAUUUACGAUGCAAAAGAAGCCCUUUCAGGAGUGAAGACUCCCAUAGUUAAGGAUUCACAGGGUAUUUGGCCAACUGAAUCCGCAGUUGUAUGGGCUGAUGUGAGCCAGGCCAUCCUAAAUAAGUCCUGGGACAAAGCAAAGGAAGCAAAAAGUGCUAUUGAGGAAAGAGAGAGAGAGCAAGUAAAGGAGAGAAAGUCAAAAGGACAAAAUUGGGUUCCCAAGCAUUUUACAGUAUCCUACAGCAAGGAGAGUGGGUGGGACUGCUUACCAAUUCAUAAAUCAGUUCCACCGGCACCAAUUGUUGCCCCCUUUUAAUCCAUUUGAAACCUGAACUAGGCUAGUUUCAUCUACACUUGCACAAAAAAUGAAGCCUUCACAAUCCCCUUUGCCAUUUGCCUAGAUAUCAAGCUGUAGGAUUAGCACAGAAAUGACAAUGCAACAGAAUAAUUCACUUAGGAACUUAAGCAGAAUCAAGGUUAUUAGUUGUUUUUCUUCUCAGAGAAGACUGAUUUGUUAAUUCUUCAAACUGUAAUCCUAUUCCAUCUCUGAACUGAGUAUUAUUUUGUAAAUUGAAAUUCCAUGAAAGAUUAGAAUAA